UCUUAUUGCAAUAAGAUAGAUUUACAACAAUGACUAUAUCCUUACUUAGAAAAUACUCAACUACUACAACAAAGCACCAAACGACACAAUUAACCUUAGCCUUGUUGAAACCUGAUAUUUGUGCUGAUAAACUAUUGAUACCCAAGAUCCAACAGGCAAUGAAGGAUCAUCAACUUGACAUUGUACAGCAUCGCGACGUUCUUUGGACAGAAAAAGAAGCAGGGAAGUUUUAUGCUGAACAUAAAGGCAAGUUCUUUUAUCAUCGACUAUGUGGCUAUAUGACAAGUGGACCCUUUCAAGCCUAUAUUUUAUCCUCACCAAAUGCUAUUAAAGAAUGGCGAAGUUUGAUUGGACCGACUCAUCCUGUUAGAGCAAGGAUUUACCAACCUGAUACUUUACGAGCAUUAUAUGGAUUGACUGAUACAAGAAACUCUUUUCAUGGCUCAGACUCAGAUGACAACGCACGAACAGAAAUCCAAUUUUUCUUUCCAGACUUUAAUAUAAAUUCCUAUUUAGAACAUCAUCAAAAUAGUCAUCAAUAAACAUUCUUCUUUCAUCUUUA